AUGCUGUCUUGUCGACAUGCCACUCGCCACCUCACUCAUCUGAAACAAAGGCCUUUGCGCCGGCAAAAGUGUCGCCACUUUUACUUCAAUGCCGAGUUGUUGGAGGACCUGCAGUCGCGAGGACUGGUCUCCGACAUCACCAGACCUGAUCAGUUAAAGUCAGAGCUCAGUAAAGAUCGGCAGGUUGCAUAUGCAGGGGUCGACCCAACCGCGAAGUACCUCCACGUCGGCCAUUUACUGCCGCUCCUCUGUCUCCUCCACUUCCAGUUGCGCGGUCACCAAAUCAUACCGCUGAUAGGAGGCGCAACCGGUCUUAUAGGAGACCCGUCGGGGCGUUCGACAGAGAGACCGCUCUCCGAGCAAUCCAUCGUCGAGGGCAAUGUCAAGGCUCUCACCGCUGGGAUACAGCAGUUCUUCUCUCGAGCCAUGGAGUAUGCAAAAGGUAGACUGCAGCCUUCAGACACGCCGAUCACAGAGCCAGAUGUCCGCAACAACUUGCAUUGGCUCAAGGGCUUAGGUCUCCUUGAGUUCCUCAGGGCAGUUGGUAUUCACGCGCGAAUCAAUACCAUGAUGGCAAGGGACAGUGUCCGCACACGCCUGGAAACACAGCAGGGUAUCUCCUUCACAGAAUUCACCUAUCAACUCCUGCAGUCGUACGACUUCCUCACCCUGUACCGAACCGCAAACUGUAAUAUCCAAAUUGGCGGCUCUGACCAGUGGGGGAACAUCGUUGCCGGCAUUGACCUCAUCAACCGCGUGAACGCGCUUUCUAGUGGCGAGAAGUCGGAGAAGGGGUUCGGCAUCGUUACUCCUUUACUCACCACGGCUUCAGGAGAGAAGUUCGGCAAGAGUACCGGAAAUGCCGUUUCCCUCGACGAGAGCGUAACAAACGUCUUCGACUUCUACCAGUUCUUCCUCAGGACCGCCGAUACUGAUGUCGGAAGAUACAUGAAGAUGUUCACUUUGUUGCCACUCCCUGAGAUUGACGCUGUAUUAGAGAAGCACAUUCAAAAUCCAGAGAGAAGGCACGCGCAGCGGCUUCUAGCAGCAGAGGUUACCGAACUUGUCCACGGCAAAAUCGGUGUCCGCCGAGCUCGCACCGCAACUUCAGUGCUGUAUGACAACGACAUCGCAUCCGUGAAAGCCGACGAGCUCAUUGACGCGGUACGCGGGCUCCCGCUUUUCCACACAUGCACUGCGGACGACCUCUUCGGCGUCUCGGUCGCCAAGCUGGCUGUACGCUUCCAUGUGGCAUCUUCAAACAGCGCUGCUCGGCAGCUUAUCUCUGCGAAGGGACUAUAUGCCAACAAUCAACCAGUCACUGAGCCGCAGCAUAAACUUGUGCCGAGUGAUCUCAUUGAGGGCAGGGUGGCUAUCAUCCGUGCAGGGAAGCAGAAGAAUGCUGUAGUAUCACUGCAGAUCCCCUGACCAUCGGAACCCGUGGUCGACACGAGACUGCCGUAAAAGGAGAUACGUCGAUAACCUAUCAUGUCCCAGAAAAAUGCUCUAGUCCUAGUACUUUUGGCAAUGCAUGAGGAAGGGAAGGAACCCACUAGUCGAUUCUAA